GCCUGAGCCCCCCAAAAUCCCCCCGAUCCCCUCCUUUCUUCCACUUAUUUUUUUUUUGGGGUGGUGGUGAAAAAAAAAUGUAAUUUAUAAAUUAGAACUAACUUUUCAAUUCUGACAGAAUUCAAAUGAUAUCAACUCCCAUCCCUUCCCCCCCACACUCCUCAAAUUCACCCCUGAAAUGGAAGCCAUCAAUGCUCCCUCGUGUCUAUUUUUCCCUCCCCCGUCAAAAAAAAAUAUUAAUAUUUAUAAUAAGGAUUUUUUUUCCUUUCUGAGAAGUUAAGCUGAAAAGGAAGUCAUGAAGUGGAAAUUAUUAUGAAUUCCCUUCUCUUCUCCCACCCCCACCCCCCAUUUAUCCUUGUAAUUGAAACCCUCAAAACAAUUUUCCUCAUCCCCAAAAUUAAAAUUAUUGAGAUUUCUUUGGGCUGCCUCCCUCGGGAAUUAAAUUAGAAAUGAAUUUAUAUUCGUUACGUGGCUAUUCAGUCCUUGAAAGGGGCCAUUUUCCAACUCCUGCCCCCCCCCCAAAUUUGAGUUUACAGAAUAGAAUAGAAUAGAAUAGAAUAGAUUUUUUUUUAAAUAGAAUAGAAUAGAGAAUGUGGAAUGGAAUGGAAUAGAAUAGAAUAGGAGAAUAGAAUAGAAUAGAAUAGAGAAUAUGGAAUGGAAUGGAAUAGAAUAGAAUAGAAUAGAAUAGAAUAGAAUAGAAUAGAAUAGAAUAGAAUAGAAUAGAAUAGAAUAGAAUAGAAUAGAAUAGAAUAGAAUAGAAUAGAACAGCUGUAUACUAAAGAAUCCAUUCCUUUUUUCAUGCUUCAGAAAUGACAGAAUAGCCUUAUCGCUAUUUAUUUUUUUAAAUUCCCUUUUAUUCCCCCUUCCCAAAGUCUACCUAAGGGUCGUUACAGUUUCCACGUAAGCCCCCCUAUUUCAGAGACCCCCAAAUAUCCCACUGGGGAGAACCCUUAUUUUCCCAUCUGCUUUAGAGAUGGCCCAAUUCCAAAAUGCCCUCCUUAAACCUCGACUUUCCUUCUCUGACUCACUUUUGAAACCACCCCUAACUCUUGAUUUCUGGACUUCCAGAAAGUCCAGAAAUUACAAAAUGAGAUGCUCUCCUAGGCUCAGUCCCCGGCCUUCAUCUCAAGAUCCCCUGACCUGGCUUGUCUUCAUCCUCGGACCCUCUUAUGACCAUGUCGUCCCCUCCGGCCCCACCAGCUAAAAAGCGGAAGAUGAACUUCUCGGAGCGGGAGGUGGAGAUCAUCGUAGAAGAACUCGAGCGGAGCAAGCACCUGCUCAUCAACCACUUCAACGCCGGCGUGCCGCUGACCGUCAAGGCCGCCGCUUGGCACAACAUCCUGCGGCGGGUCAACGCGGUGGCGACCUGCCGCCGGGAGCUGCCGGAAGUGAAGAAGAAGUGGUCGGACCUCAAGACGGAGGUACGGCGCAAAGUCGCCCAAGUCAGAGCCGCCGUAGAAGAUGGUGGCAAUGACCAGGAAGGCGGCGGGGAAAUCCAGGAGGCUGAAGAAGAUGCAACAGGGACCUCUGCUGCCCCAGUGAUUCUCACCCCCAUGCAGCAGCGCAUCUGUAACCUCCUGGGAGAAGCCACCAUCAUCAGCUUGCCCGCGGGAAGCUGCACUGGCUCCCAUACGUCAGAAAUACCCAUUACAGCUGCCACAACCACCGUCACCCUUACACAGAUUCCGGCAGAGAUGACGUACCACAGUCUGGAAGACGGGGUGGUCGAGUACUGCACCACCGAAGCCCCCGCCACCGUCACCGCCGAAGCCCCCUUAGAGAUGAUAACCCAGCAAGCAGAAGUCUCCGCCAAACCCCAGGAACUGAAAACCAGGAUCGCGCUGAACUCCGCCAAGCUCCUGCAGGAACAGCGGGUGACCAACCUACACGUCAAAGAGAUCGCCCAGCACCUCGAGCAGCAAAACGACCUGCUGCAGAAAAUCCGCCACUCUCAGGAGGUGCAGGCCUGCGCGCAGGAACGCCAGGCCCAAGCCAUGGAAGGAAUGCAGGCCGCGCUCAACGCCCUCAUCCAGAUCAUGCACCCCGUGAUUAAGGACUUCCGGCGUUUUUUACAGAGCAACACUCCCGUCGCCCCUUCGGGGACCACCGAUCCGAGCCAAGCGACCCAGAACGGACAGGACAGCCUCCUUCAAUGAAAUUUUUUGGGGUGGUGAUGGUGGUGAGGGGAGAAAUCCUCUAAACCCAAGCUCGUCCCAGGAAGAGGCGACAGGCGUCCUAUUUUGUGCCAGCCGACGGGUUUAGAAGCUAAAACCCCGCUCUGGAUUACUUACUUACCCGGCUCAACUCAUGUCCUUUUUUUAAAAAAUCGUUUACGCAGUUCCUUGACUCUGCUAGGAAUAAACCAUAACUUUAAAUGUUCGAUUUUAAAGGAAAAGAUUGGCAAAAUAGAUUUUUAUACAAAAACAAA